UUAAAUGUCUUCUUGUUGUGAGCAUUGCGCACACACUAUAUGUUGGCAGCUAACAAGGUCUUAUUGCGUGUUGUAAUCAUUAGUCUGAUGAGUGGCGGUGCGCACGGAUGUCAGCUGCUUGGGAGCGGAAAGUCUUUGCAUUCUUUCGCUUGCAUUGCCUCAGUGGACAUGAGUCUCCGCCAUUUUUUUUUUAAAGUGAAUCAGGAAGUUUGAAAAUGUUUGCAUCGUGGUUGUGGUUCAGUUGAUGACUGUUAGACUCAGUUCGAAGAUUAAAUCAUUUGUGCUGUGUUUUAUAUGUGCGACGACAGAUUUUUUAAACUUGCUUCUUGUCACAGAUUGUUUUUUUUUCAUAUCUGCCAUAUUUAAUUGUGCGAUGUUGUUGAUUUUUAUGUGUUUUUAAAGCGCAUUGAUUCAGUAGAGUAACAGUCGACUUAUAUAUGUGUUAAUCGAUAAAAGAGAGAACAAACAUCGAUAUAAUUGUUGUUCGAUAUUUUAUGUGCUAUCAGAUUGUGUUUAAUGUGAAAUAUGACAGAAAUGGUUCCUACCAGUAAUGUUUUUCAAGCACACGUAUAUUUCAUUAACGGAAACAAUAGGAUUUCUUUAUAUUGCGGAUGAAAUAAAACGUUAACGUGUUAGUAACGUAAAAUUUGGUUGCGUUCUGUAAUCAUAAUUGUUAAUGAUACAUCCUGCAGUAAUGGCCGCGUGUUUCGGGCCACCGCCAAUACCCCCAAAGCGGUCAUCCGGAGAGGCACGCCGACAGCCGUUAAACAGAAAGAACAGAAGCCUGACUUCAACGUAUCGUAGUUUCAGAGACCCGUCUGAAGAAGACGAGAUUAUUGUGGUCGCUUCGGAAGACUUGGAAGUGGCAUCAAUUACGAAUAGAACUUAUUCCAAACAGCAUUCUCUUAGUUCGAUGACAAACUCUCUAAGUAGGAAAAGCAGUGUUUCAAGUUCGACGGUAUCCUUAUCUCUGCUGAGUCGAAGUCACUCUGAUGGAAACUUGGCAAACUGCGCUCGACGAGGGGCUCAUCCAUCUUCCGGUUCCGGGAACGUCAGCGCGGCUUCAGGGACAUUGAAUCGAUGUCUUCGGGCCCUAGGGAGCAGCUGGAAAAAUCUUUUGCAGUUGGGUGGGAUGAGUCGGCCGCCCAAACCCGUGCCGCAGGUCAAAAAGGUGGCGCCCCCUGCGGUCCCCGACGUGUUUCGACACUCUGGGAGUAGCUUUGGGUCGGCGGGCUACAGUAGCAGUGAAGACAGCUGCUUCAUCACCGGCCCAGAGGGACAGCCUCCCCGAGAUGGCUGUGAUCAUAGCGAGAUGUAUGGCAUGUCGGGAAAGUCUCCAGGACCACAGUUCUCGUAUCCGGCGUUUACGUUUCCAGGACCUCAGGGAGUUCAGUACACACAGCUGAUGCAUGCAGCCGGGAAGGGAGCAACAUACUACCACCAGUUGUCCCUGCAGGAGGAUCAGGGCAUCGACAUGACCCAGAGUCCUGGUCGAGACAGUCCUGGUUCAUCUGGUUCUGGGUCAGGCUCAGGAUCGCGUCACAGCACCGCAAGUUUGGACAGUGGCCGAGCAUCAGGGUACCAUCUUCUGGGUCCUUCUGGCCCACGGAGCAGUGGCACUACUAUGGGUGGCCUCUCUUCAAGCCCACGAUGCUCACUGUCGUCAUCAUCCCUGGGUUCAUCAGAACAUGGUGGCCCAGCUGCACGGGCAGAAAGGCUGUUGCAUCAAGGAGUGCCUGACCAGGAUGUGCUCCACUCAUGGCUAAUGGAUCUCCAUUUUGAGGAGUAUUUUCCUUUGUUUGCCUCGGCCGGCUAUGACAUGCCAACUAUCUGCAGAAUGACUCCUGAGGAUCUCACAGCAAUUGGCAUAAAGAAACCAAAUCAUAGAAAGAAGCUAAAGGCUGAGAUUGCUCAAUUGAAUAUUUCAGAUGGACUUCCUGAUUAUAUUCCUGGCUCCAUGGAGGAAUGGUUGCGUCUGCUUCGACUGGAGGAAUAUGGCCCAGCACUUCACCAACAAGGUUACCAGACCGUGGAGGACGUAACGCAACUCACAUGGGAAGACCUUGAGGAUAUUGGCAUUGUUAAGCUGGGUCACCAGAAGAAGAUAUUGCUGGCCAUCAAGAGAGUGAAGGAUGUGCGUGCCGGCAAGAGGUUUCCUCUGCAGCUGGGGACGGAUAUAAUACUCACUAAUCUGCCCCCACACCCAGGACAAACACAGGAGGUGUUGAUCUCAACUCCGCCCGGCGGUGGUUUGAAUUCACCUGAUGAGGGUGAUGAUUGCUUCCCACCGAAUGUGCACACGACGUUCCAUUCAUUCCACCAACCGUGGGAGGUGGAAGGGAGCCAGCAAAUGUCUUCAUACAGCCACCACCACCAACACUUACUGCAUCAUCAUCACCAUGCCUUUAGCACGACCACUUCCACCAUAGCACCAUCACCGUUCAGUUUCCAACCCAUGUACUGUCCAGAUAUUGUCCCCAUCAAGAUUCGAGGAGGCAGAGGCAAAUCUCUCGAGAGCCUUGAGGACAACACGGAACAUACGCACCACACGUUUAGUGCAGAGAAUACUCAGACAUUCUACUAUCAGCAGCACCAACUGACACCUGGCCCAUCUGGUGGGUGGAGACCCAGGAGUUACGAUGACGGAGACAUCACACCUACGAAUGAAGCAGCUGUGACCCUUCAUGAGGGUGGUGGAACUCUGCCGCGCCCUCGUGGACUAGUCCGGCCUCGUCCUGUAGCAAAAAUCAUGGCCAAAACUCGCCCCACAACGAAUGAUGGAUCCACUUACAUAAUCCCAGACUUUGAAAAGCAAUCAGCUUUCUGUGGCACUUAUAAGAGUUUACCAAGAGACCUCAUAGAUAUCAGUAAAUAUAACUUAGAACAGUACAAUCCUGGUACUGGUGGUGGAUGUUAUAUAUCAGACUCAGUACCACCUACAUCCACUAUAAUUGGGAAUGAUAGUCCCCGUUGUACACCAAAGAAAAGACCACCAUCUCCUCCAAAGAGGCAGUCAUCACGUGUAGGAGAUCUUCCGUCAGACCUCCAAGGUCAAGGAGGAUCUGAUGUUGUUAUAGACUGCAGUGGCCCUGUGCCAAAGGCUUCAUCCUCUUCCACAAGCAGUACAACUACGACAGUUAUCACAGUAGACCUUCAUUCUACUGCUUCAUCACCAUCUCUCUCCCUGCCUGCUUACCCAAGUGGUGAUGAGCUGACAGGUACAGAAGAAGAAGACCUUCCUCUUCCCCCACCUCCUGCUCCAUCUUCGCCACCAGCCAGUGGUGGACUCAGAGACAAGUUUGAGGGCCUGACGAUGAACUCGUCUCCACCGACAAUGAGCCGGUCAUGGGGCAAUGUUGCUGACAUCACCGGAACAUCAGAUCAGCAUUCAUCUGCUUCAACUGUGGAGCAGGAGUUCAUUGCUAGCCUCGCCCUGCAACAGAGCCGGAACGGCUCUGACGCCAGUUUCAAGUCAAGUUCCAGCACGGAAUCAGAUUCACUGCCGUUUGCCAAUGAGAAUGCUGGAACUAUCAAACAGCGUGCUGUACGACCGCACCCCACUCUUACCACCGUGGAUUACCCGAAACAAGAUUAUGUGCCUCCAAAACUAGUCCAGCAUUCUCCAAGCGAUCUUGCAGCUAGUCAAAAGGCAUUAAGAGAAAGAGCAGCAGGCCAGGAACCAGCUGAUGUGUUGAAUGAUAUUGGGAACAUGCUUGCCAACCUAACAGAUGAGCUAGAUGCCAUGUUGGAAGAAGAGAAACGACAAGGGCUCAACCAGUGAAGAAUUAGUUUCUAGCAAUGGGAAAUUAAAUAGGUACUACUGCAUGUUUUGAAAGUAUGAGGAAGUCAGUGUUCAAAAUUCUGUCUUGUUUUCCAAACCCAUGGUUGGUUUAUAAACGUAUGAUGCAGUUGAAUCAUAAGCAUGAUUUGUGUAUACAUUUGUUACUUCAUAGUGCUGAAUAAAGUCAGCUCUCCUUUAUAAAAUUAUGUAAGACUCAUAUUCAAUUUUUGCUAGUUAGGCUUACAUUGCUGUGCAAAGAAGUCCUUUUCAAAACAAGAAUAUCAUUCUAGAAUUCUCAGAAAAUCACUGUUUGUCCAUCUGACAAUAACAUGAUCCCGUUAUAAAAUAAGAGACAGGUAGCAGGACUAGUAUACUUGUAUGAAGUCACUUUGGCUAGAUGUUUAUGUUACAUUUGUUACAAAUAAACCACAUGGUUGUCAUGGAGUGUUGGAAUGUUUGUGAAUAGCUUUACAUUCAGUAUGUUUAACAUCUUGAUAUGCUACAGUAAAUUAACUUAUAUUGGUGAUGUUAAUGGAUUGAUGCCCAAGCAGCUUAGUGUCUGCCUACCUUCAUCUGUCACUCACAUUUCAGCACAUAAUUCAUUCAAUAACAUGUUCUGAGCGUCAGUUUUAAGAGGGUCUGAUGGUGGUAUAUUAUCGUCCUCCAUUAACACGAAGACAAGGCAAAUUACCAAAUCCCAAUAUUGACAUUGGUACACCAAAGUUGAACGUGUCCAUAAAUAGUAGAAUCUUCACUAAAGGGUAGACUUAGUAUUAUUGGGUUAUUAGACUCGUCCAUCAUCUAGUCUUCUGAACAGAACAGGAUGUUUUGAAAACUGCAUCUACAGUGGAACCUUGCUUAAUGAGCAUAAUUCGUUCCAGAAUCUUACUCGUAAUGCGAAACGCUCGUUAAGCGAAACAUUUUUUCCCAUAUAAAUUAACGUAAAAUACGAUAAUGCGUUCCAUGCCGAAAAGAAUUCAAAAAAUUUGAUGUAUAACGUUUAUCCAAAGAAAAUUAUA